AGAAGACGUGGACUACUUUGCCACCCCCUUCCGUCAACUUUAAGGCGGGAAAUUGCUUCUGCAAAUCCACGCACUAUUUCAACCGGCCAGAGUCAAAGCGGUUUUCAAAUCUGGUAAGCAAUGGGGGAUCUUUCAGAAACAUGCGAGAUCAAAGAAACCCACAAGAUUUCAGCUGUCAUUUUCGAUUUGGAUGGUACCCUUUUGAACACAGAGCAGGUGACAAAGGGGGCUUUGGAAGAAUAUUUGGCUAUGUAUGGGAAAGUACCCGAGAGGGAGAGGGAAGCUAAGAGAUUGGGGAUGACUCAGAGAGAGGUGGUCAGUGGCAUUAUCGAAGAUUAUGAUCUUCCACUUUCGCCCGAUCGGUAUAUUGAAGAAAUCUUACCCUUUUAUCAGGGAAAGUGGAAGUUAACAAAACCACUUCCUGGAGCCACCCGCCUUAUGGGACAUCUGCAUAAGCAAGGAGUUCCAUUUGCCCUUGCUUCAAAUUCCAUUAGGAUUAACAUUGACAGGAAACUCUCUUACCAUGAAGGUUGGAAAGAACGCUUUGCAGUGAUUCUUGGAAGUGACCAGGUGAAAUCAGGCAAACCUGAGCCGGACAUAUUUCUUGAAGCUGCAGCCAAGAUGAAUGUAGAUGCAACAGACUGUCUUGUUAUAGAGGACUCCGUAGUUGGAGUGAAAGCAGCAAAAGCUGCUGGAAUGAAAGUAGUUGCCGUGCCAUCAGUGCAACCUGAAAUGGAUCAGUAUUCUAUUGCUGAUUCAGUGCUUCAUUCAAUUCUUGAAUUGCAGCCUGAAGUUUGGGGUCUUCCCCCAUAUGGAGAUUGGAUAGAUAAUGUGUUGCAGGUUGAACCCAUAUUUUUCAAAGGCUUCUACACAAAUGGACUCCUUCACGAAUUCACAGGUGAUAUAAUGAGUGUUCUGCCCACUCAAGUUUUUGGGAAUUUCAUUGGAUGGGCAAAAAUCAACUCAAACAAGUUACUGAAGAUUCUUGUGAGAAUUGGAUGGGAAAAUAGCAACUGUUCAAAAAGACACAUUGAAGCAUAUCUUCCCGAGGACGACGAGAAUCUUCAUGAUAGUGAAAUGGAGAUUGUUCUUUUGGGAUAUAUCAGAAGAUCAAAUAACAUGGAAACAACUAAUGUUCUUGGGAUUUUUGAUGAAGACAAAUCUGCAGCAAAAGCUGCUUUUCACCGACCAGAAUUCUCACUGGAUGCUUGCAAAUCCUUGUUCAGCAGAAUGAUGAGUGAAUAGAAAUGAAGACAUUACAUUCAAAAUGUGUUUGUUUAAACAUCUAUAACAGUGUAAUAUAUAUAGUACCGUAUAAAACAUGCACUGGUCAAAGAAAAAGUCUUUUAAAACCUUUUUUUUGUACUAUUUUAAAUACCCGAGUAGUAUAGUGUGUGUGAGUGCAUGUGUGUUACUUUUGGGAUGGGCCAAAAAUUAAAGUAUACUCUCUUCGUUCCAAAUUAAAUUACCAAAAAGUCUAUUUUAAACCUAUUUUUACUACUCAUUUGUAAAAAUAAUAUAAUUGUCACUUUUUUUAAAAAAACUUUUGAUGUAAU